CGCGGCGGGGGCGGGGACAGAGUUCAGGCAAACCAAUGAGCCGCGGAUGGGGCGUGGCCGAAGUGUUUGAUUGGCUGAUACGCCGUGAAGCCCCGCCCCCCGCCGGCGGAGGUAACGGUCGCGGCGCGCGGGGGUGGCGGGAGAGGCGCGGCGGCGGCGGCGGGGGCAGGUGAGGGACGGAGCCCGGCCCAGCCCGGACCCUCACGGUACCGGCACCGCCACACCGGCACCGCCACCGCCACACCGGCACCGCACCCUCAGCCCUUCAGGGACCGGUCUCUCAGCUCCUCAUGGCCUUCCCCCCCAGCCCUCAGGAAUCGGCUCCCGCUCCUCUCCAGAGACCGGGCCCGCAGGACCGACACCCCCUUCCCCGCCGCCUUUGGAUCAGUUCUCUAGAUAGAUAAAAUGGCUGCUCCUGAGAAAGAUGCAGACCUGAGGCUCCUGCAGAAGAAUCCAUUGGAGCCCAGCAGCUGCCAGAGGAGCAGGCUCUUGGAGGCUGAGUGGAGGAGGCCAAUGGUGCCCGUGAAGUCGCAGAGCCGCCUCAGCCGCUGCGAGAGCGGGGACGGCGGCAUCGGCACCUCCUGCUCCGGCAGCACCGAGGACUUCUGCAAUUCCAGUAGCGGUUCCUCAUUCCAUCCCAUCAAAACCCAGGUGACCAUUCCAACAGCCCACGUUAUGCCCUCCACGCUGGGUGCCUCGCCCUCCAAGCUGUGCCCUGCAGGGGACCAGGGCUGUUCCCAGAGCUCUGCAAAGCCUCCCGUGCCAGGCUCUGCCCCCGAGCACCCCGGGCUGGCCAGGAACGGGGACCUGAGCGGGGGGCAGCCCUUGCAGGUGCCCCCCAGGGAGCUGCUGCACCUCUGCAGGGCCUCGGGGGAGAACGGCUGCGGGCACCCCUGGGCUGCUGCUGCUGAGCACGGGAGGACAGAGGACGCCUGGAGGUUUGACACCCCGGCCAUCGAGCAGACCCUCAACCAGUCCCUCUUUCUGGACAAUCUGUGCCCCGACCCUCUGCACAGGUGCCAGAAGUUCCACCCGAGCUCCGAGGCAGGCAAGGACCAUUUCAAGGUGCUGCCAGAGAGCAAACAGGCGCCGGGGGCCGGCGCAGCCUGCGAGCCGCGGGACGGGACGUGGCCCGGCACGAGCAGGCUGAUGGCAGCAGGAGUCCAGGCCAGCAGCUUCUAUUCCAAACCUGUAGCAGCUCCCCCAGGCCGAGCGUGGGCGCAGGAAGGCUGCACCCUGCACCCCCACCAGGGCGUGUGCGAGCUCAGCGCCUGGAAACAGCAGCUGGACAAAGUGCGCCUGCAGGUGGAGCAGAUGCAGUUACAAAAUGGAGGCACCUGCCCCCAUUCCUCGAUGUAUUCCCCAUCCCUGCCUGCACCUGAGCCAGCCCAGUGGAUCAAUAUGCUGAACUCCAAUGAAAACCUGCUCAAGGAGAAAGAGCUCCUCAUUGACAGACAGAGGCAGCACAUUUCCCAGCUGGAGCAGAAGGUCCGGGAGAGCGAGCUGCAGGUUCACAGUGCCCUGCUGGGCUGCCCUGCGUCCUAUGGGGAUGUCUACAUGCUGAGGAUGCAGGAGCUGCAGCGGGAGAACGCCUUCCUGCGAGCACAGUUCACAGAGAAGACUGAGUCCCUCAGCAAGGAGAACAUCGAGCUGCAGAGGAAGCUGGCUGCUGCAGAGGUGGACGUGAAGCUGGCCCGGGAGUCGCUGAAGGAAACGGUGCAGAAACAUGCAGAGGAGUUAAAGAAACAGGAAGAAAGGGUAAAGGGAAGAGACAAACACAUCAAUAACCUUAAAAAGAAAUGCCAGAAGGAAUCUGAACAAAACAGAGAGAGACAGCAGAGAAUUGAGACCCUGGAACGAUACCUGGCUGAUCUUCCAACCCUUGAGGACCACCAGAAACAGAGUCAGAAGCUGAAGGAAUCUGAACUGAAGACUACAGCCCUGCAGGAAACAGUGCUGGCACUGGAAACAGAGCUGGGAGAUGUCCAGGCUGCCUGCAGGGAGCAAGAGCUGCAUCUGGAAAGCCAAAAACAGAAGGAGAUGGAGCUUCUGUCCACUGUGCGCAGCUUGCAGGACAAGUUGCAGCAGUAUGCAAAGAAUGCAGAGAGAGGACCCCCUGCCCAGGAUGGGGAGAGGCAGAAAAUGGAGCAUGACUCUCUGAAGAAGGAGUGUGACUGCCUCAGGAAGAUUGUGGACAAAAAGCAGAAGAAGAUGGAGCAGUUAUCCUUGCAAGUCAAGAGCCUGGAAGAGCAGGUGGCCCAGGAAGAGGGGACAAGCCAAGCCCUGAAAGAGGAGGCGAUGAGAAGGGAAAAUGCUCUGCAGCAGCUCCGGGCUGCCGUGAAGGAGCUGUCCGUGCAGAACCAGGAGCUGAUCGAGAAGAACCUGACGCUGCAGGAGCGGCUGCGGCAGGCGCAGCCCCUGCCCGCUGACAGCGCCCGCCUGGCCCACGAGCUGCACGGGGAGCUGGCCAGCUGCCUGCAGGACCUGCACUCCGUCUGCAGCAUCGUCACCCAGAGGGCUCAGGGCAAGGACCCCAACCUCUCUCUGCUCCUGGGCAUCCACUCUGUGCAGUGCCCUGGGAAGGAGAAGGAUGACCUGCUCAGCCCUGACGGCCUGGCCAAGAAACUGGUGGAGGUAAAACAGCUUCACAAGGAGGUGGAGGACUUGAGGACUGCAAUAUCUGACAGAUACGCUCAGGACAUGGGAGACAACUGCAUCACCCAGUAGAGAACACUCCCAAAGUAAGACAGGGAAUGAAGACUUGAAACUCUCAGGAGUCUGGUGCUCCUACAACCCUAAACCUAUUCAGCACUUUACCAUCCCUCUGCUCGGGUGCAGGAUGUGUGACUUAUCUGCUCUGUGAGGAAUCAGGGGGUUUGUUGCCGGAGGUGUUCAGCUGCUGACUGCUGAACUGGGAUAAUUCAGGGCUUUGGUGUCGGGCUUUGCAGUAGUUUUGAACUUGUGGAAUGUGUUUUAUGCUGUGUUUGCUGGAGCUGCUGUGGUCUCUGAUGCUGGGAGAUGAAUUCUGACUUGCCUUCCAGGCAUGUCAAAUGCUGAACAUGCAAAUGUAAUGGUUAAAUUCGUGGCUAAAAGGAAAUGCAUGCCCUGGUCUUGCUGAUCACCUCCCUGUGCAGGUCCUGUGUGACCAGUGGGACUGGAGGGUUAUCAGAGUGUGUGUGGGAUAUCUGGAUUCUGCAGGCAGGCAGGUGUGCCAGGUACACUGCUGGCAUUUACAUCGAGGUGUUACUGCCUUGGACUGAUAGAGCAGGGUCUGCUUUCCCCAGGUAAAUGCAACUGGGGUCUUUCAGCAGCCGGCAUGAGUUGAGGAAUACAGCAGCACUAAAAGAUUCUAAAAGCACUCCCCCUGGGCAGUUACCCCAGAAGCCUUAAGCCUUGUGUCCCCCUGAAAUAGCACUGGGAGUGGGCUGUGAUUCAGACUGCAGAGGAAGUGAAUUGAUGCUGAAGUGCCUUAAUGAGCUGGAAGAACCCUCUGCCCCCACUCUGCUCUGUGCCUAAUGCAUCCACUGGCAGGUGAGGAGCUGCUCUUCCCUCUCACAGCCUUUUAGAGCCAUCACAAACAAUCCUGGGGAGCCCCGUGUGUCUGUGGCCCCUGCCAGUGCCUCCAAGAGCCUCUGUGCCCCUGGGGACACUCCUGCUUUACUGGGAGAAAGCCAUACUGGUCCUAAUGUGGAGGGAGUGGCACAGGGAGCUCUUCCUGCAAGGCAGUGGCCACUUGGGCUUUGUCACAGCCCUGUCCCUCCUUCCCUGCUCCCCUGCCAGUACUGGGAUUUCUAAAUGAACCAUGGUGGGAUCUGUUUCUCUGUACCACAACCCCCCCUAACCCCAGUGACAGCUUUACAGUCUGGAGUCUGAGGGUGGAACUUUGGUUUUCAUCUUGAGUUAAGAGCAAGAUACCAAGUUCUGACAGGGGAAAAUCCUGCUGACACUUGUGUUGUGUGGCUGCUCUUGGUUUAUGUUGGGGCUGCGAGCCCUGGGUUCGGCAGAAAUGCUUUUGUUAUUCCUUUGUGUUAAAAUUUUAAGACCAAAUCUGUUUUGUUCUCGGUGUUUGGCCACCAUGGGGGAUGGUGGCAAGGAACUGGUUGGUUUGUGCUGCACAGGGAGCAUGCAGCACUGUCUGUCUGUCUGUCCUGCUCUCCCUGGGUGUUCUGUUCCUGGCUGUGCCUGUCCCCAGGCUGCUGGUGCUGUGUACUGAGAAAAACACAUUUCCAGGGCUAUUUUUGAAGUUGUUUGUCCUGACUGCUGGGAGCUCUGCUGGCUCCUGCAGGUUCUCAGGGGGUUUGGGCACCAUCUCCUUCUCCCCUUUGCUUUGGGGGUGCAAGAUCUCAUUCAUGGGUGCUGUGAGGGGACAGGUUUGCCCUCUGUCCCUGCAGAGGUGACUCUGAGAUGAGAUUAUUGUGGCUGAAGCCACCUCAGCUGCUCCCGGUCCCGUGUCCCUCCCUGGGCACGCGUCCUCUCCUCGUCCCCUGCCCAGCUGAGCCCCUCUGGCCCCGAGGUGUCCCCAGGUGCUGCUUUCUGCUGGUGCUGGGGAAAUCCUGGGCCCCAGGCCGGGGGGACAGGACCGUGUGCCCUCCCUGUCCCCCCUUCCGUGCCACGCGUGUCCCCCGCCGGUUGUGCCCGGUCCCGUGGGCUCGGUGUCCCUGUACCAGCCUCUGUCUCGCCGCUUGUUUGUAUCGAGUAUCUGGAGUAUCAAAUAAAGCCGCUCUGACCCACUCUGCGAGCCCGUCCUGGGGUGGGGAGGGAGGAGCUCCGGGGCCGGUGCCGGUGCCCGGUGGGAGCGGUACCGGGGACCGGUGAGACCGGUACCGGUGGCUGCCCGUGCCCGGUGGGAGCGGUGCCGGUGCGGCCCCGGUGCCGCCGGUGCCGGUGCCCGGUGGGAGCGGUGCCGGUGCGUUCCCGG